AUCGGGAUCAUGUUUUCCCGAAUCACUUUUUACCCUUCGUUAGUGUACAACAUCUUCAUGGAGAAGAUGAGCUCCCGACGAUGGUUCGAUAGAAUCGACGAAACAGUGAUUUUGGGCGCGUUGCCGUUCAGGGGUGUUGCAGACCAGCUUGUAACUGAGGAGAAUGUUCGGGGCGUUGUGUCGAUGAACGAGGACUUUGAGCUGAUGUUUUGGGUCCCGACUUCAGAAGAAUGGAAUCAGAAAGGUUGCGAGUUUCUUCAACUGUCCACAACGGAUAUUUUUGAAGCGCCGUCCGAGGACAAGCUCAGGAAGGGUGUUGAGUUUAUUUACAAACUUUAUCAGUCAGGUCAUUCUGUCUAUGUUCACUGUAAGGCUGGACGUACUCGCAGUGCAACGCUGGUGGGGUGCUACCUCAUGAGGCGAUAUCGAAUGACGCCGGAACAAUGCGUUGAUUUAAUGCGCGGAAAGCGAGAGCAUAUUCUGCUACAGACGGCCCAGUGGGACGCUCUUCGAACCCACUACAGUAAUCACGUGAGGCCAUUAGUAGACAAGGAGGGUGCGCCGCAGGUUUGUGUGAUACGAAUGGAUUCAAACUGUUCACGUGUUGUGCAUAUAAUACAUAUAGUAAAUAACAAGUAAUUUCCUCUGUUUACAUAAAUUGUGUACAUUUCCGAGCAGUGGGUGUGCGGAUGUAUUAAGAACAAUCAAAUAAAGGAACAACUAUUUUCUUUGUGCAAAGAAAAUACUACCUGUCAUGUGCUAUUUAUGACAAACUUGAAAAACUAAUUAAAAUUCAUCCUAGAUUAUUUUCUUCUAAAACGUAAGGCUAGCUUAGAUAUAUGAUCUAUAAAAAAAAACGUGCUGCAUUGUUAUUAUAGAACUCCUAUUAGAAAAGCCAUUUUCGCUCACUAGUUAGUAAAGGGUUUUCUUUACUAACUUUGUCGUGUAUCCUUAUGCGAAUAAUGCACGUGAGUGUGGUAUUGCAAAAAAAUGAAUAUUUUCAACAGUACGGUAAUAACACUAAGUAAACAUCAGGCGAGUAAAACAUUUCGUGCCUAAUUAAAAAUAAAUAAAUAAAAAAUAAAAUAGUACCAUAAUUUGUAUGCUGGUGGUGACCGUCUACCACUAAGCCAUACAGGAUACAAAUUC